AUCAUUAUACUCCCAUGUAUCAAUUGCUGAUGUACCUCUGUUUUCUUUAACUUGUGUUCUCUCCCUUUCCUCUCUAGUCUAGACUACGAUACUCUGUUCGAUGGCAAGCCAAAAUACAACGAACCCAGAAUCCAUCUAUGAUAUCUCUGUCAAGGAUGCUAACGGAAAUGAUGUGGACCUCAGCACUUACAAGGGAAAAGUGCUAUUGAUUGUAAAUGUUGCUUCCAAGUGUGGAAUGACAAACUCAAACUACACAGAACUCAAUCAACUAUAUGAUAAGUACAAAGAUCAAGGCCUGGAGAUCUUUGCAUUUCCAUGUAAUCAAUUUGGCGAUGAGGAGCCUGGAAGCAAUGAUCAGAUUCUUGACUUUGUUUGCACUCGCUUCAAAUCAGAAUUUCCUAUCUUUGACAAGGUGAAACCUGAAAAUACUUGAGAACUGCCAUGGUCUUUAGUGACCAAACUCUUGAAAGCUUCCCAUCUAGAACUUCUCAAUUUCAGGCUGAGUAUUUAUGUUAUUGUUGAUCUCAAUAUAUCAAUCGACAGGCUUUGGGAACCAAAAGGAUUAGGACACAGACACACGCAUACAUGCAUUUUCAUUUUUCAUUUUUUUAGCAAAAGAACAUCCAGUUGCAUUUAUGUUCUUUUUCUUUUUGUGCUCAUUAAAACCCUGUUCUUGAACUAUUUUGGAUAUAAUGUGGCAAGUUAUCGUGAAACAUCUGCUCUUGUUGUUAUUGUAUUAGAUUGAAGUAAAUGGUCAUAAUGCUUCUCCACUGUACAAGUUCUUAAAGUCGGGCAAAUGGGGAAUUUUUGGAGAUGAUAUUCAGUGGAACUUUGCCAAGUUUCUGGUCAAUAAGGAAGGUCAAGUUGUUGACCGCUAUUAUCCCACCACUUCUCCUCUUAGUCUUGAGUUUGACAUUAAGAAGCUUCUGGGUGUGGAUUAGAAGAACUAGUGCUGGGGUAUAUGAAGGCAUGAUCCGGAUCAGAUUGAACCUCAGAAUCAGUAUUGAAAAAUGUUUCUGAACAAAAUCCUUGUAAAAUAAUCCUUUUUGUGUAAUCAAAUGUUGCUUUCCACUAAAUGGUUUGAUGCUAGAAUUUGUGAACAUAACCAGAGAAUGCCUUACAGUAGAAGGCUGACACUCAUUUCACAAGACAAAAGUCCCUCCUUUUUUUUUCUCUCUCUCUCUCUCAUGAGGAAAAAGUCUUUGUUUUGAUUCUUUGAACAUUGGAAUGAGCCAUUUUGGCAUAAAGAUGGAAGUGGAGU